UGCUCACUGCAGAUUGGCGAAAUGUCGGUUGGUGGCAAAUACCGACUUAUUAGUUAUAUCGUUCGUGGAAUCGAACAUAUUACAGAGGAUCGAAUUGAAAUUGUUAAAGGGACAUCAAUUAGCUGCCAAAAAACCAAGGGCAAAAAAAAAAAAAAAAUCAGAUCAAACCAAAAAAAAUGUCAGUAUGGACUCGCCGGUUCCUUUACAUACCCACCACCAUCCGCCUUUCUGCAUCACUCCCCUUCUCCUCCUCCUCUUCUUCUUCUUCUUCUUCUUCUUCUUCUUCUUCCUUCCCUCGGAAUUCACGAUUCUUUCCUUCGGCGUCCCUCAUCUUCCGAUCCACUCGCUCUGCGAUUCUCCAAAGGGCCUUUUCUUCCUCCGCCGCCGGCGCAACCACCGCCAUGGGUGACGCUCCCGAUGCUGGCAUGGACGCUGUCCAGCGACGUCUCAUGUUUGAAGACGAGUGCAUUUUGGUGAAUGAGGAUGAUAAGGUCGUGGGACAUGAUUCCAAGUAUAACUGUCAUUUGUGGGAAAAUAUCGAGAAGGGCAAUGCAUUGCACAGAGCUUUUAGUGUGUUUCUGUUCAACUCUAAGUAUGAGCUGCUCCUUCAGCAACGAUCGGCAACAAAGGUGACUUUCCCCCUUGUUUGGACAAACACUUGUUGCAGCCAUCCUUUGCAUCGAGAGUCCGAGCUCGUGGAUGAAGAAUCUCUUGGUGUGAGGAAUGCUGCCCAAAGGAAGCUUCUGGAUGAACUCGGUAUUCCUGCUGAGGAUGUGCCGGUAGAUCAAUUCAUGCCCCUGGGACGAAUGCUGUACAAGGCCCCUUCUGAUGGGAAGUGGGGAGAGCACGAACUUGAUUACCUGCUCUUCAUUGUUCGUGACGUGAACGUGAACCCAAACCCAGACGAGGUGGCGGAAAUCAAGUACGUGAACCGGGAGGAGCUGCGAGAACUGUUGAGGAAAGCAGAUGCAGGCGAGGGAGGCUUGAAACUGUCCCCAUGGUUCAGGCUAGUUGUGGACAACUUCUUGUUCAAGUGGUGGGAUCAGGUGGAGAAGGGAACGCUCAAGGAUGCAGCUGACAUGAAAAUUCACAAGCUUGAAUGAGAGAGAUUUUGAGGGGGCCAUGUCUAGUUUGAGUUUUAAGGUUUAGCUUCAAAAUUUUCGACCCAGAUUUGCAAGUUUCAUUAUACCAAUAAGUCUGGCAGGAUCUCAGUUGGUGUACUUGAUUUUGUGUGGGACUUUUUUUUUCUACUCUAGGAGUUGGUGGCUUUAAUGACUCUAGGACUCAUGUGAUAUGAUUCGUUGAUGGUCAUGAUGGAGCUUAAUGUAUUGUUAAUUGAGUUAAAAGGGUACUUAUUAUGCUUUGUAUUACUGUAGGUUUAAUAUAUGGAUCUGAGUUCUUUUCUUAAAACAUCUUGUUAAAGUUGAUCUUUUAUCUAACUUUUGAUCACACCUGUCAUUUGGGAUCUCAUCACACUUCUUCCACACUCCAAUGAGAAAAGGUUGAUUACUCUCUGAUUC